AUGGUCCAGAUGGAGACGCAACUGCAGAGCAUUUUUGAGGAGGUGGUGAAAACGGAGAUUAUAGAAGAGGCUUUCCCUGGCAUGUUUAUGGACACCCCUGAAGAUGAAAAAACAAAACUUAUUAGCUGUUUAGGGGCCUUCAGACAGUUUUGGGCUGGUCUUUCUCAGGAAUCUCAUGAACAGUGCAUCCAGUGGAUUGUUAAAUUCAUUCAUGGCCAGCAUAGUCCUAAAAGAAUUUCUUUUCUUUAUGACUGCUUAGCAAUGGCAGUUGAGACUGGUCUCCUUCCACCCAGGAUGGUUUGUGAAUCCCUGAUAAACUCCGACACACUUGAAUGGGAAAGAACGCAGCUCUGGGCCUUAACAUUUAAACUGGUUCGGAAAAUAAUCGGAGGGGUGGAUUACAAGGGUGUUCGAGAUCUCUUAAAAGUGAUUUUGGAGAAAAUCUUGACAAUUCCCAAUACAGUGAGCUCAGCUGUUGUACAGCAGCUUUUGGCAGCAAGAGAGGUUAUAGCGUAUAUCUUGGAAAGAAAUGCUUGUUUACUACCAGCAUAUUUUGCAGUCACAGAGAUCAGGAAACUAUAUCCUGAGGGAAAACUUCCACAUUGGUUACUUGGAAACCUGGUAUCAGACUUUGUGGAUACCUUCAGGCCAACAGCAAGGAUAAACUCCAUUUGUGGCCGUUGCAGCCUUCUACCAGUUGUAAAUAAUUCGGGUGCCAUUUGUAAUUCAUGGAAAUUGGACCCUGCAACUCUCCGUUUUCCUUUGAAAGGCCUUUUGCCAUAUGAUAAGGAUCUGUUUGAACCACAGACUGCUUUGUUGAGAUAUGUUUUGGAGCAGCCUUAUUCCAGGGAUAUGGUCUGCAAUAUGCUAGGUUUAAAUAAGCAGACCUUGAACAUUGCUCAGCACAAGCAGCGCUGCCCUGUGCUGGAGGACCAGCUGGUGGACCUGGUGGUUUACGCCAUGGAGCGGUCCGAGACGGAGGAGAAGUUUGAUGACGGGGGGACCAGCCAGCUGCUUUGGCAGCAUCUCUCGAGCCAGCUCAUUUUCUUUGUGCUUUUCCAGUUUGCAAGUUUCCCACAUAUGGUCCUUUCUCUUCAUCAGAAGUUGGCGGGGCGAGGACUGAUUAAAGGUCGAGAUCAUCUUAUGUGGGUUCUCCUGCAAUUCAUUUCUGGGAGUAUUCAGAAAAAUGCACUUGCUGACUUCCUCCCUGUCAUGAAGCUCUUCGACCUUCUGUAUCCGGAAAAAGAAUUUAUCCCGGUUCCUGACAUUAACAAACCCCAGUCAACUCAUGCCUUUGCCAUGACCUGCAUUUGGAUUCAUCUCAACAGAAAAGCCCAAAAUGACAACUCCAAACUACAGAUUCCAAUACCUCACUCCCUAAAGCUUCACCAUGAGUUCCUGCAGCAGAGUCUUAGAAAUAAGAGCUUACAAAUGAAUGACUAUAAGAUCGCCCUGCUAUGCAAUGCAUACUCUACAAAUUCAGAAUGUUUUACGUUACCUAUGGGAGCUCUGGUGGAAACUAUUUAUGGAAAUGGAAUUAUGAGGAUACCACUUCCUGGAACGAGCUGUUUGGCUUCAGGAUCUAUUACGCCCUUACCAAUGAACCUCCUGGAUUCACUGACAGUUCAUGCCAAAAUGAGCCUUAUCCACAGCAUUGCUACCAGAGUGAUAAAACUUGCUCACGCAAAGUCAAGUGUGGCCUUGGCUCCAGCCCUAGUGGAAACUUACAGCCGCUUAUUGGUCUAUAUGGAAAUAGAAUCUUUGGGCAUCAAAGGAUUUAUCAGUCAGCUUCUGCCAACUGUUUUUAAGUCUCAUGCCUGGGGUAUCUUGCACACUCUUCUUGAGAUGUUCAGCUACCGGAUGCACCACAUCCAGCCGCAUUACAGAGUCCAGCUCCUGAGCCAUCUUCAUACGUUGGCUGCAGUUGCACAAACGAACCAGAACCAGCUCCAUCUCUGCGUUGAGAGCACUGCACUCAGGCUCAUCACAGCACUCGGGAGCUCAGAGGUGCAGCCGCAGUUCACACGCUUCCUCAGUGAUCCCAAGACGGUGCUCUCAGCGGAGUCUGAAGAACUGAACCGCGCCUUGAUACUGACCUUAGCUAGAGCAACCCACGUGACAGAUUUUUUUACAGGCUCUGAUUCAAUUCAGGGAACUUGGUGUAAAGACAUACUUCAGACCAUCAUGAGUUUUACUCCUCAUAAUUGGGCUUCACAUACUCUUAGUUGCUUUCCAGGCCCACUACAGGCAUUCUUUAAACAAAAUAACGUACCUCAAGAGAGUCGUUUUAAUCUGAAAAAAAAUGUGGAGGAGGAGUAUAGGAAGUGGAAGUCAAUGACCAACGAAAAUGACAUCAUCACCCACUUUUCUGCGCAACGUUCUCCUCCUCUCUUCCUUUGUCUGCUCUGGAAAAUGCUCCUGGAAACAGAUCAUAUUAAUCAGAUUGGCUAUAGAGUACUGGAGAGAAUUGGAGCCAGGGCCUUAGUAGUCCAUGUGAGAACAUUUGCAGAUUUCCUGGUAUACGAGUUCUCUACAUCAGCUGGAGGUCAGCAACUCAACAAAUGCAUUGAAAUUCUUAAUGAUAUGGUGUGGAAGUACAACAUUGUUACACUGGACAGAUUAAUUCUCUGCCUGGCCAUGCGUAGCCACGAAGGGAAUGAAGCCCAGGUUUGUUAUUUCAUAAUUCAGUUGCUGUUACUCAAGCCAAAUGAUUUUAGAAAUCGAGUAAGUGACUUUGUGAAGGAAAAUUCCCCAGAACACUGGCUACAGAAUGACUGGCACACCAAGCACAUGAAUUAUCACAAGAAAUACCCAGAGAAGCUCUAUUUUGAGGGCCUGGCGGAGCAAGUUGAUCCUCCUGUGCCAAUACAGUCUCCAUAUCUGCCCAUCUAUUUUGGAAAUGUGUGUCUCCGAUUCCUUCCAGUGUUUGAUAUAGUAAUCCACAGGUUUUUAGAGUUGCUGCCGGUAUCCAAAUCAUUGGAGACUCUACUAGAUCACCUGGGAGGCUUAUAUAAAUUUCAUGAUCGUCCAGUGACUUAUUUGUAUAAUACUCUGCACUAUUAUGAAAUGCACCUGAGAAAUCGCGAAAGUCUCAAACGAAAACUUGUCCAUGCAAUCAUUGGGUCGCUCAAGGAUAACCGACCACAGGGCUGGUGUCUAAGUGACACUUACCUGAAAAAUGCUAUGAAUGCACGAGAAGACAAUCCCUGGGUCCCAGACGACUCUUAUUACUGCAAACUGAUUGGCAGACUAGUAGAUAAUAUCCUUUUUAUUUCUCCUGGUCCGUUCCCAAACUGUGACUGGAGGUUCAACGAGUUUCCCAACCCUGCUGCCCACGCACUGCAUGUCACUUGUGUGGAGCUCAUGGCCUUGGCUGUUUCUGGCCAAGAUGUUGGAAAUGCUCUUCUGAAUGUUGUCCUGAAGAGUCAGCCUUUAGUGCCGAGAGAGAACAUUACAGCAUGGAUGAAUGCCAUUGGAUUGAUCAUCACUGCCCUACCAGAGCCGUAUUGGAUUGUCCUGCACGAUCGAAUAGUGAGUGUUAUCAGCAGCCCCAGCUUGACGUCUGAGACGGAGUGGGUGGGCUAUCCUUUCCGCCUCUUCGAUUUCACGGCUUGCCAUCAGUCCUACUCCGAGAUGAGCUGUAGCUACACGUUGGCUCUGGCGCAUGCUGUGUGGCACCACUCCAGCAUCGGGCAGCUUUCCCUCAUUCCCAAAUUUCUCACUGAAGUACUUCUUCCUAUAGUAAAGACUGAAUUCCAGUUGCUUUAUGUGUACCACCUUGUGGGACCAUUUUUACAAAGGUUUCAGCAAGAGAGAACUCGAUGUAUGAUAGAGAUUGGUGUGGCAUUUUAUGACAUGUUGCUGAAUGUAGACCAGUGUAGUACCCACUUAAACUACAUGGAUCCCAUCUGUGACUUCCUGUAUCACAUGAAGUAUAUGUUUACUGGUGACAGUGUAAAAGAGCAAGUAGAAAAGAUUAUCUGUAACUUAAAACCGGCUUUGAAACUCCGUCUUCGGUUCAUCACUCACAUCAGCAAGAUGGAGCCGGCUGCCGUGCCUCCGCAGACCGUCAGCAGUGGGUCUCCGGCACCUCAGCCGGCUCAGGGGCCAGCGUCUCUGCCAGUGACUCAGUGA